AUGAUGUCCCGCAUGCCUGUAUCAUCCGACCCCACCCAUUUUGAAAUAGAAAAACUUCUAGACAGGAUUUUCGAAGUAGCUGGUCCGUCUGAGUUCAAGCAGUCGUCAACCUCAUUUGUGAUCCGACGUCACUCCCAAGCGUCCAUCAUUAACAGCUCCACCACUGUCACCAUCUCCGAAAAUGACACCGACACCGCUGACUUCUCCUAUCCUCACCAUCCCCGCACAUUCACCUCACGCAUCGGCCUGAUCGAUCACGUGGGAAUCUCUCGCACAGAGACUGGUGAACCAGUGCCUGAAGCACCAACAUACACCAGACACAUCGGCCUCAACUGCCAUCACUGCAUCCGUACAUCCACCCACCGUAUGAGCCUAUUAGGCCACAUGCGCAUUCACGAAAACCUGCGGUAAAUAACCGCCGGCUAAAGCACGCCAUCACUUCUUCCUCCACCAUCUUCAUCUUGCACUUGCAUCCAACUGCCACCUCCCACGCAAGUGUGCGUCUCGGCUCCGUCUCCAUGUAGCCCUAGUGCAUGUGUGAUCUGAUUCUGAGGCUAUCACAGAGCGUCAGGCACUGGGGAUUAAAAGUCUGCUGACUGACGCCCCAGCGCAGUUGUGUGUGUACCCCAAACGGGCCAUGUGUUAGAUGCGCUGGACCAACACUGGGACCAUAUCGGAUCCUGGCAGUCGUUAUCGGAUUUGCGCGCCAAAACAAAUUCCAACAUUCGGGGUGCGGUAGCAGACUCGGUUGUCGGCAGACGUCGCGCAAACUGGGACCGCUGCCACCCCCCAUUGUUGUAGUUGGUCAAAAACCUGGUUAUCUGCUGUGCGGACCAGGGGUUUUGAGUGGAACGCCAAGGUGCGGGCUCGACCGUGCUAUCCACUUGCCCCCUCCCCCGGCCUCGGUCUUCUUGACUCUGUCUUGACACCGGGUCCAGGUGGGGGAGGGGGGAGUUCGAUAGAUGCUGGGCAAGUCUACAGUCACUAUAAGCUAAAUCACGCGCAAGUCACCGUGUCUGCUUCACCAUGCUGCGGAGCACACGGUGGACAGCGUCGACAACAACGGUCGAACCGUCAUGUCGGGAAUCGACAAUCGUCUGAUCCUAAUUUUGUGCAAACUGAUUCCAUACUAUCAUGAUACUAUAUUGAAUAUUCCCCGCUGACGGCAAGAACUUUCAUUAGAUAUAAAAAUAUCAACGCCUCUGCCUCUAUUCUGAAGUCUGUCAUAACUGAGCAUUGGCAGCCUCCAAUCCUGACUUUGUUGCUCCUUUUUCGAAAGUCAAACAAGUUUUUGUCAAUGCUGCUAUGUGAGAUUUCUGCUCAAAGCCAUUAAUUUGAGCUCUUUAAGUCUAUGGAAAAUAUUUUCACAGGUAUUAUACUUGAUCACUAGGUAUUGGCCAUCAGCGCUCCUAGAAGCUUCGAAAUUCGAUAUCUCCAGGGUGGUUAGGCCAGUAUUCUGAUUGUUUUCGGCCGAAGAAAUCCCCGUUUAACCUAAGCUAUGCGUCUGUAGAAUUGACAGUGGAUCGACGACUUGGAGGUUCCCAAAUGGCAAGUCAAUAACGACGGAUUGGUUUUGACAAGCUUUACCGGAGCAAAACAUUGUACACGCAGGUCAGCAAUCAACUGCAGCUGGUCAUCUCACCAGGUAAAUGAUAGCUGAAGUGAACGCGCCCAAAUCUCGUCCGGCUGCGGCAGUCGGUGAAGAGGGAAGUAUCGAAAUAUCAUGGUUUCCCAAGCCAACUGUCGAUUCAAACGCACGUGCAUAAUGCUAGUCAGGUGUGAUAUGAGGACCGAAGGCGAUGUAAAUAUUCGGGAUCGCUGACGACCACGGCAGUGGACUAGCACACGUCCAUUUCUAAUAUGAGGUCCGUUUCACCGUUGCUCAUUCGUUCUUCCAGUUCUGCUACCACUAUUAUUAAUAUAUAUAUUGCGUCGAUGAUGGGGAAAACAGUGAGUCAGCUUUACGGCAAGGUUAUUGUUAAAGUCCGAAUAGACGCCUCUGCACGUACAUUACACUUACCAUCGUCGUCAGUGGUAAAUUCUAGGUCAGACGAAUGUUUACAGUUAGGUAGUUGUCCUGCACAGCUCAUGAUUUGCAUGACUUAUCGACGUUUUAAAAAUAGGGUUCUCAAAGGCUCUGCCUGUUACCUUUGAGCAAAUACUGAAGAAACGAACAAUUCCUUAAAGUAUAAACAAGGUCUAAGUCGUGUUUGGCGGCUUGCAGUCCGAGCAGUUAUUGUAUUGGCUAUACGCCUAAACAACAGAGACAGACGACAGCGUACUAGUUUGCUUGCAGGAUUGCAGGAUUGCAGGAUGUCGUUUGGGAGGAGUUGGAAGCAUAGACUCAAUCUUCAAAAUUUUGCAAAUAUUUGCUGCAGCAAAAACACUGACAAUGAUGGCGACUUUCGUAUGAAUUUCAGAAGCGUUGGUUUGCCCACUGAAUCAUGGGCGACCUUGCAUAUAAAAACUCGUAUUCAGAAAUCCUACUAAAGCUAUUCCAAUUCCAGGGAUGAGGGGUCCUAUACCACUGCGCGCCACCUCAAAUUGCGUUUACGAAUUCAUAAGCACUUAUGCAUGCAGGUACACUGGGCGAACGCAAAGACACCUGGCUAAACGGCUUUUUAAGCAGAAAAAUAAAAUCCCUCUCUCUAUCACGAAACACAUCCUAGGUAGGGAUCACUCCGUCGACCCCAAAAUAUCCUUACGAAUACCUGUUCGGGCACGAAAACUCGAGAAUUACGCUAACUAGAAGCAGCCUACACACGGCGGAUGAAAUUCAACCUCUUCAAACAACUAGACCAUGUGGUCGACCUCACCGUCCCCCGGUAAUCCAAAUUACUUCGGUUUGCACACCCCUUUUGCGUGUUAUCUUUACCCCUUUUUCUUUUCUAGAUUUCGUUUCUAAGUUUCCCUUUUCAUUGAUUAGUCUAUGUGCGCUAAUCGUGACCUUGCUCCUUUGUAUUGAUUUUUUGUGCAAAUUUAAAUUGCUGUAUGUUUAUUUUUCAUUAUCUCUGUUUUGUGCCGACGAGUUGCGGUUGGCAAGCUUCGCGAGAUUUAUUGGCACCAAUAAGUUCCGUUGUGUAGGGCUGUUUUAAAGAUAGUGGAGAUGGCUUGUCGACCGUCAUCAACCAGCCAUACACAACCUCAAUUUUUGAGCACCUAGAAUUCGAAGCCAUGACCUUCGAUCGCUGAGUCUAACGCUCUACCAUUGAGACAUGAGUCCGCUGUCCUGUCAGUUGCGAUCCGGAACUGGGGUGAACGGAAUUCCUUUUCAAAAGGAAUACAUUUGAUUUCAAAUUAAUAUAGAUGUUUGCGUGACCUGAGUUUAUGCAUAAACAUUUGACAAGAAGUUCUUCAGUGAGUUCAGUAGAGAUUUUGAUCAAGCUCGUGACAUAUUUAGAAUUAAAAAGAUGCCCUCAAGUUUGAGGUAACAUUAGAAAAAAACAUAAAAGCAGUAAUUUCCCUUACGGAGGCGUACAACACAGAAAAGUAGAAAAGCAUGCAUGUGCGCAAUAUCGCUAAUUAAAAGGUAGCGGUUCUGGUUUGAAAUAGAUUUAUUUAUGAGAUAGGACUAGGUUUAGUAAUAGUGCAAUUAGUGUUGAGGUUAGAAUCCUGCCAGCAAAUGACACCGUUCCAUGGAACCCAAACGUGGUUGGACGGGGCCAUUGCGCAAUUCGAGGGGCUGUCCGUCUAUUUGUUAGCAUAAAUGAAUCACAAUGGUGCAGGUAUUUUCAGAACAGGCAAUGCGCGUGAGUGGGAACAGUCGAAAAAGCAAACUGUGUCUAUCGUAACUAUCAUAUUAUCGCUUUUGGGAUUCUUGCAGAGUUAGUCGCACCUCCUCAGCUGCGAUGCUCAUCUUUUUAUGCAGUCCAGCGACAUAAAAACCAAGCGGUAUCGGAUCAUUAUCCAAAUAAACCUGAAGAUCCUCUGGUAUUCGUAUUUAUCGGCCAAAUGCCAGAGCCGAAUGAGUCCGUUGUGCCCACGAGCUAAUAUUUGAACGAUACGAAAGUGUUCACGCUAACAACGCGUCAUCCCAGGUAAAGGGAGUCUGGCGCUCCACGAAGGUCUUAAACAAACUGAUAAGAGUCCUUUGAAGAAAAAGAUAGACUCACCGAACGGGUUAAUUAAGGCGCUGACUAGAGUCCUAUUCAUCUGUUUCACUUGUCCGUUGUCCUGAGAGCAGUAUGCUAUAGUGUGAGUCUUAUCAACACGUAGGUACUUACAGAGAUAAUGAAGAAUUGCGUCUUUAACUGACGUCCCUCGAUCUUAGUGAAGUUGGUCUCGGGGAUCCCUAUCCACACAACCAACAUUUGAGAACGACAUGGACGACUGUUUCAGUCGACAGGUUCGGCAAGGGUUCCGUUUUAGCCAUUUUAGUAAAAAAAGUCAACCAUGGCUAUUGUGCAUCGGUUGUCACUGGCAGAUUGAUGUAAGGGUCCAACAAUGUCAAAACUAACCUGUUUGUUAGAAUAACUUGUAACAACUGGCCAAAGAGGGACUGCUUAUUUGUGGCGGCGACUUCAGAUAGUUGCAUAGGUUGCAAAACUGACUAAAGUUCCAUACGGAGGACUUGAAAUGUGGCCAACAAUACCUUCUCCUGAGAGCUCAGUCAGUCUUGGGGAUUUCAACGUGCAGCAGUUCAGUGUGUAUUCGAAUGAGAAAAAAAUCCGUCGUAGAUAACGGCAGAACGACGCGUCGGGACCUAACUUAGUGAGAAAUACAUAGACGGCUGAUAUAUCAUCUAGCAGGCCUCGCAUUGCCCAAUCUCUCCUUGCAUAGCUAGGGGCCGUAUGCCAGCAGAGGUGUUUGGAGAUGGUGAUCCUUAAGGAUCACGAACGGAAUUAACUUCCCUAUACGUCAUCGGUGGUAGGUGGUUUACCUUACUUAUGUAUAAAUGCCUGAACUGAGUUCAGAACUUUAUAUAGGCAAGUAGUUUAUGUGCGUAAUUCAGUAGUGUAGAAUCGGCAGAAGUGAGUGAAAUCGCGAACGCAGUCGGCAUCAAAUGCUUUCUGUUGAUGUUUCAAGAAUUUUGCUUAAAGGCGCAAAAUCCGUAAUCCACAACGAAGCCUUCUCAGAUGCUGCGACACUAUCAUCGAGAGUUGCCCAAGGAACUAAGGCCACUAUUGCAAGCACCCCUCAGAACACCGCGGGUGAUGACCAUCAUUGCCAACGGAAGGUCGUUGUGCGCCGGCGAGACCUACGAAGACUUUGUUCACAGGCCAAGUACGGAAGCCGGUUUGGCGCACAAAGUGAUUUGUUAAUGUGUAUAUCUAUAUGUCUGUUAUGGCUUCUAGAUAAAACAGCUGACCUAAGCAGACAGUGGUGAUGCACCAGUGCUCAGUCCACCGCUGUGCCUUAGCUCCGUCUGUUGGGGAUCUACAGGAAAGCGGCUGUUCAUUGGCUGCCCACUUUAUGCCCUCUCCACUGGCAUAUCAGACUUUUUUACUGACGCUUACAGACGCAACUCGACAAAAUAGCACAUGUAAGGAUCGCGGAACAAAGAAGACGACUGGCUUGAGUAUUAAAUGGCGGCUCAGCACCUGUUUAGCUCUAAUCCACAAAAAACAAAAGCACAUGAUGCGUUAGAGGCACAUGGAAGAAUAGUUUCAAUUCAGCAUUCGAGGAAGUGUUGAAAUCCCGUCUGUGGCAAACUAAAAAUGACACAAGGUUACUGCCGCCUGGUUAAAUGGGUGAGGAAUGUGACUAACUCUUUAACGCCCGGAACUGCCGACUUUUUAAAAAGCCCUCUUUUUAACUGCAGAUUUCCAGCGUGCAGACUGAGCAGCGUAUCCUAUUAUUUUUUUACAUUUUUCAUUUUCGCAUGCAUCGUUAAGCAAAUAAACAUGGUCUUACAGAAUAAUUCCACCUUCCCAUUCACCUUUACACACCGAUUCAUUGCAACAUUCUCAUGGGUGUUAAGCAUCAGCGAUCCCUCAGUGACUACGACUGGCGACAAAAUAACACAGCGUAGGUUUAUUUUAAUUCAUAGGUGCUCACCACUUUUGAACUGCAGCUCCUUAUUGGUCAGGUGGAGGGCUGCCCACUGCAUGUCGUAUGUCGUCUUAUACGAGUCAUGCUGUCGAUAAGAACAGUCGCGUCCGACAUGAAAUACAAACGUGCUGUUCAUAAUUCGACGUUUAUAGGUCUCGUACUGUAAUCGUCAUCAGGCCUUACAAAACCGUUUCUGUAUUGUUCGAAGUUGUUUUGGCUCGACUUAGCUGUCUACAGACAUUGCGAAUUGCUAAACACAUAUGCCAGACCUGCUGACAAUUUUCCACAACUGACACAUCUGAAAAAUAAGCCAUUAUUGCUUCUUGUAUUACAAAGCAUUGCUCCUGCACCCUACAUCAUCUACUUUCUAGUUUAAGCUCUGGAUGUUGGAGGCAGUUUUAGUAGUGAAACAUGUCUCGUUAAAAGACUCAUUAGCCUCCUUCCAUACGCGGUCAGAGAGAGUGGAAUACCUUCACAAUAAUACGAAGACAAGACACCUGACUUUCUGUUGGAUAUGGUACAUAUGAGGCUAUAAACUAGCCGAAUACUUCGCCGGUCGAACGUCUAACAACCACCCUUGAUAACCGAAUCAGAACUUAACGACGGAGGCGGAGAGUCCAAGGCCGGAUUAAGAUUCGGCCAAUCAGACAGUGUCCUUGAGUGGUUGGCAUGUCAGUUGACUUCUGUUUUGGUAGACCUUCAAUGACGUCGUCAGGAUCUGGCGCGAGAUCGGCACACGCACGUCGUGUGGGCGGAUUGUUAGAGCGACUUCAUGCCAUUUGGCGCUUUGACAAUGGUGAGUCCGCCAAGUUAACUAACAAGUCAGUACUAUAAUAAGUCUGCCCUAGUGAGUUAUUACUCCACCUCAAGCUGUGAAGUGUCCUCAAAGGUUUACUAAUGGCAACUGGGAGCUCACACUAAGCAUAAACGUUCCAGAGUAUAUACAUGGACAAGGGCGACUGUGAGAACACUCAGCUGCACGGCAAUAACCAUUAACGUUUGCAGAAAAUGCUUAAGGCUACCUUUAGGCACAUUAAGACAGUAAGCAGAUAUUGCCGCGUUUCAACGGUCCCCCAACAGCAGAUAAGUGUUAUGCCAUAUUUCAAAGCUACUGACAACUUCACAGACCACCAUCACAGCUGGGAUAGUCGAGGAUGGAACAAAAAUCUCCUUAUGCAGUAGCAAUAUACGUUAUCGCAGCGGUCCCUCCUUGUGCCAUAAUAUAUCUGUCACCUGUUAGGGAAACAUUCGUGCCUCCUCAACCAAUACCAAACGUAGGUGACCCCUUACCACUUAUACACUUUAACCAACCAACCAACAGGUAAGAGGUACAUGGUGGAUUUAGCCAAGCAUAUUUAUCAUUAUGUUUAGGACGGUUCAUUUACGCUCUAGUACGACUUUCGUAGCAAGAAAAGGAAAGUAAUCCUUUACUGACCGAUUCUUCACCGAUUAAUAGAAAGUAAACUGUGAGUAAUUUGCAACUCAUCGCGAAACAUAGGCGCUUGCGCUAUCUCCAGUAAGCAUCACAAAACUAGCCUCAAUGACCUAGAGACGGCUUUUAAGAGGCGCCUGAAGAGGACGAGCGACACAUUUACAUGCAUAAACAAACGUUUUCCCUAUAAGACGUCAGCGUCUAUUGUCACUAUAUUGCCCAUUUCAAGCUCCCUCGUACCGUGUGCUUUGUUUCCGACGCGCAGUUUGAGGUCAUUUAGGUGCGGCCACACAGACGUCAAAGUUGAAAGGGGAAAAUCGGCUAAUAUGUUCGGCGGAGGCAAUGACCCCUUUGAUUUGAGUCUGCUCAUAUACGAGGGCGACAUCAGACAACCUUGUACUUAGCCAAGUCCACUGUCUGACCCUCAAACAAUCAAUUAAUUGGCUGGUUCUCAUGGUGGCACCCGCACACCACCUAUGUGCAUGUCACACGUCAACAUUCUGGCGACUCUUAGUACUAGGAGCGUGUCAGUAGACAAUGAUUAUCAAAUUCCGUUAUCAAUUUCAUGGCCAGUUUUUCGCAUCCUCCUGUACGCGUAGGUGUGAGCGCCAGUGAAUUGAGACUGCAGUUACUUGUUACCGGAGAUGUUGGUGUAUUUUGAAUGAGGACGUUUCUCGAAAAAACGGCCGCUUCGAAGCAUUGCUUCUCGAUAUUAGUUUGAACAAGACGACGGUGGCAAAACCCACAAUCUAAUGUCAGCAUAGGUUUCGCGACCUCUUUUACAAGUGAUCGCGGUCAUUCCAUUCUUACGAAACAACUUCGGGUGUUGAAACGAGGUCGGCGCAUAAACGGCAGGGAAUGCUGAUCGGACAUGUUGGUGACAUGGUGUGAGAUGGGAGGACCUUCUAUAAGUAAUCGAGUUUUAACUGCGGCAAAACUUCGUAAAGCGAAAUUAGGGCUAAGCAGCAAAAGUUUUUUUCUCAUUGAACUGUUAGUUUCGUGAACAUGCAACGAGCAUGCACACCUGAAUACGAGGUCACGAGAAUGUCGACGUCAAUAUAUUCAAGUUCUGCCACCUCUGUUCUACUGCUUAAUCGGUUGUGGAAUAUUCAUCUACCCUCCUCCAAAUAGAAUUUCCACCUUCCUCGAAGAAAUAAAAGUCAGAGUUCGUGCGGAGAAUUCAAACAGUCAAGACUUGGCUCUAUCAUCAAUUCGAAAUUCCUACCACUUAAAAUGCCUAAGAGAUCUGAACAAAGGAUAAUCUGAAAGUCUCACAUUGUGUGAGUAAGAGGGAUAAGUAAAACCUCCCAGUCACGUCUCGCCUCUUCUGCUGAGUCUGUCUUACUGAACACGAGCUAGCAUAAUCCUUAUACUGGAUAACUUCUUGUCUACUGACCAACGUGAAAUAUUUUCCGGCUGAAGCCUAGCUCGAGUAUUUCAUUUGUUGCCAGUGCUAUUACCUGUUAUCCCUUUUCCCUGUUCCAGCACCUAGUCAUCCAACAUUCGGUAGAACAGAUCGCCCGCUCGACAUUCUAUUAAGCGGCGUUGCUUCUAUGUACAUCGAGUGCAUUUGGCUAGAUGCUGUUGGUUGUUCUCGCGAUAGUUCUCACACUCACAUCCCGAUAAGUCAAUAGAGCAUACACUGACAGGUGUGACCGUCGUCAUGUAGAAAUAGUUGCUAGGACAGUCUGAAGAAUGGUACUCAUGACCCUGACAACCUGUGCAUUUGCUGUUUAGCAGCGUCAGCUUCUCAGGGCACAAUCUUCCACCCUUGUUGUGCAUAGGAUACAUCUAGAGGAGUGACUACUCAUCACUACGCCAUCGAUUGUAUGGGCUGAAGAUCGAAGCUCUAAGGGAAACUGGCAUUGUCCGCACUCAAUUACACAGUUGGGCUGGCUCCGUGAACGUUAGCCCUGUAUGAAAUCGCUUAUAUUUCUGACCGCGGCCACCAAGACACGAACCGGUGACUCAAUACGUGACUGAAUCGAGAUCCAAACGUCGGACUAGGCGUCCUGGAAUUAGGUAUAACCAGCUAGUACUUGUCGAAACUCGUCGUUAUGCUGGUUGUGCGAUAGAUAUCGAGACAAAAUCGCAUUCUGUGCAUCACAAGGGUGGGAAGGUUGCCUGGUGUCACGCCCGUGUGUGGGCAGCCUCAAAUCAAAGGGGUCAUUGCCUCCGCCGAAAAUAUUAGCUGAUUUUCCCCCUUUUAACUUUGACCUCUGUGUGGCCGCACCUAACUGACUUCAAACUACGCGUUGGAAAGGUAAAACACACAGCUCAAGAGGGUACGUUACGCGCAAUAUUGUGACAAUAGACGCUGACGUCUUAUAGGGAACAUGUUUGUUUAUGCAUGUAAAUGUGUCGUUCGCUCUCUUCAGGUGCAUCAUAAAAGCCAUCUCUAGGUCAUUGAGGCUAGUUUUGUGAUCCUUACUGGGGAUAGCGCAAACGCCAAUGUUUCGCGAUGAGUUGCAAAUUAUGCACAGUCUACUUUCUAUCAAUCGGUAAAGAACCGGUCAGUAGAGGAUUACUUUCCUUUUCUUGCUACGAAAGUCAUACUAGAGCGUAAAUGAACCGUCCUAAACAUAAUGAUAAAUACGCUUAGCGAAAUCCACCAUGUACCUCUUACCUGUUGGUUGGUUGGUUGAAGCAUAUAACUGGCUAGGUGUCACCUAAGCUUGGUAUAAGUCGAGGAGGCAUACAAACUGUGUGAAUGGUUUCCUAGAGGACAGCGGAUGCACUAUUGCACAAGGAGGGACUGCUGCUAUAACGCUUAUGCUUAAUGGAUAAGGCGAGCUUUGUUCCAUUUCGACUGCUCCAGCUCCCAUGGUCGUCUGUGAAGUUGUCAGUGGCUUUGGGAUAUGACAAAACACUUAUCUGCUGUCGGGGGGCCGUUGAACGAGGCAAUAUAUGCUUACUGUCUUAAUGUGCCUAAAGGUAGCCUUAAGCAUUUUCUGCAAACGUUAAUGGUUAUUGCCGUGCAGCUGAGUGUUCUCACAGUCGCCCUUGUCCAUGUAUAUACCCUGGAACGUUUAUGCUUAACGUGAACCCCCAGUUGCCAUUAGUAAACCUUUGAGGUCACUUCACAGCUUGAGAUGGAGUAAUAACUCACUAGGGCAGGCUUAUUAUAGUACUGACUUGUUAGUUAACUUGGCGGAUUCACCAUUGUCAAAGCGGUAAAUGGUAGGACGUUGUCUUAACGAUCCGCCCACACAACGUGCGUGUGCUGAUCUCGCGCCAGAUCCUGACGACGUCAUUGGAGGUCUACCAAAACAGAAGUCAACUGACAUGCCAACCACUCAAGGACACUGUCUGAUUGGCCGAAUCUUGAUCCGGCCUUGGACUCUCCGCCUCCGUCGUUAAGUUCUGAUUCGGCGAUUUGAUCAAGGAGGGUUGUUAGACGUUCGACCAACGAAGCAUUCGGCAAGCUGAUAGCAUUAGAUGUACCAAAUCCAACGGAAAUUCAGGUGUCUUGUCUUCGUAUUAUUGUGAAGACAUUCCACCCUCUCUGACCGCGUAUGAAAGGAGGCUAACGAGUCUUUUAACGAGACAUGUUUCACUACUAAAACUGCCUCCAACAUCCAGAGCUUAAACUAGGAAGUAGAUGAUGUAGGGUGCAGGAGCAAUGCUUUGUAAUACAAGAAGCAAUAAUGGCUUAUUUUUCAGAUGUGUCAGUUGUGGAAAAUUGUCAGCAGGUCUGGCAUAUGUGUUUAGCAAUUCGCAAUGUCUGUAGACAGCUAAGUCGAGCCAAAACAACUUCGAACAAUACAGAAACGGUUUUGUAAGGCCUGAUGACGAUUACAGUACGAGACCUAUAAACGUCGAAUUAUGAACAGCACGUUUGUAUUUCAUGUCGGACGCGACUGUUCUUAUCGACAGCAUGACUCGUAUAAGACGACAUACGACAUGCAGUGGGCAGCCCUCCACCUGACCAAUAAGGAGCUGCAGUUCAAAAGUGGUGAGCACCUAUGAAUUAAAAUAAACCUACGCUGUGUAAUUUUGUCGCCAGUCGUAGUCACUGAGGGAUCGCUGAUGCUUAACACCCAUGAGAAUGUUGCAAUGAAUCGGUGUGUAAAGGUGAAUGGGAAGGUGGAAUUAUUCUGUAAGACCAUGUUUAUUUGCUUAACGAUGCAUGCGAAAAUGAAAAAUGUAAAAAAAUAAUAGGAUACGCUGCUCAGUCUGCACGCUGGAAAUCUGCAGUUAAAAAGAGGGCUUUUUAAAAAGUCGGCAGUUCCGGGCGUUAAAGAGUUAGUCACAUUCCUCACCCAUUUAACCAGGCGGCAGUAACCUUGUGUCAUUUUUAGUUUGCCACAGACGGGAUUUCAACACUUCCUCGAAUGCUGAAUUGAAACUAUUCUUCCAUGUGCCUCUAACGCAUCAUGUGCUUUUGUUUUUUGUGGAUUAGAGCUAAACAGGUGCUGAGCCGCCAUUUAAUACUCAAGCCAGUCGUCUUCUUUGUUCCGCGACCCUUACAUGUGCUAUUUUGUCGAGUUGCGUCUGUAAGCGUCAGUAAAAAGUCUGAUAUGCCAGUAGAGAGGGCAUAAAGUGGGCAGCCAAUGAACAGCCGCUUUCCUGUAGAUCCCCAACAGACGAAGCUAAGGCACAGUUGUGCACUGAGCCCUGAUGCAUCACCACUGAAUACUAAAUCCAGCUAUUUUAUCUAGACGCCAUAACAGACAUAUAGAUAUACAUACUUACAAAUCGUUUUGUGUGUCAAACCGGCUUCCAUACUUAGUCUAUGAACGAAAUAUUCUUAGGUCUCGCGGGCUCACAACGACCUCUCUUUGGCGGUGAUGUUUAUCGCCUGCGGUGCUCUGAGGUGUGCUUGCAAUAGUGGCCUUAGUUCCUUGGGCAACUCUUGGUGAUAUGGCCGCAGCACCUGAAAAAGCUUCCUUGUUGAUUACGGCAUUUGCGCCUUCAAGCAAAAUUCUUAAAACAUCAACAGAAAACAUUUGCCGCUGACUGCGUUCACGAUUUCACACACUUCUGCCGAUUCUACACUCUAAUAAAUAGCGCACAUAAGGUACUUACCUAGACAAACUUCUGAAUCCAGUGCAGGCAUUUAUAAAUAAGGCGACCGAUCUACUACCGAUGACGUAGAGGGAAACUAACUUUGUUCGUGACCCUUAAGAAUCACCAUCUGCAAGCACGCCUGUUGGCAAACGGUACCUUUUCUAUGCAAGGAGAGAUGGGGCAAUGUGAGGCCUGCUAGAAGAGAUAUCAGCAUUAGAUAUCAGAUAUCAGAAAAAGGCUGCAGGCGGAGUAGUUUUACAACCCAGUCAGCCUGCAGCCUAAUUCUACAAUAAUUUAGGUACCUCAGGAUGUGUGCUUUCCAACGAACGUCUUUUCGGUUGCAUUCCGACACUGUACUUUGCAAAAAGAUGAUUACUUAGGCAGCAUGACUUUUUCUCAUUGAUUUUCGAUGCUCCUAAGAAUGUGACCAUAUUUCAUAGAAAUCAUGCAUAAACGUAUUCAUUCGUUUGCUCAUUCGGUAGAAGAGUACGUCUUCGGUUUUAAAUAAGUUUCUAAUUGUGAGAUUUUUUAAUACCGCCAAAUGACCGUUCAUAAAACGUCAUGUUUCUGCAUUUACCAAGGUGGCUUGUAAAUGAGGUUUUCGUUCCACCGAGAUGGCGGACAUCAGACCCGGCGCAUCUUUCUGCUAUCUUCCAUGGUAGAUGGUGUUUCCACUCGAAUACACACUCAACUAGCGCACCUUGUAGUCCAAAUGAUUGAGUGCGCUGUCAGACGAAGGAACUAUUGGCCAAAUUUGAAGCGCCCCGUAUGGAACUUCAUUCGGUGUUGUAUCCUAUGCAACCUAUGCCGCUUUCAUUUGGAGUCCCUGUCUUCGGCAAUCCUAGGCAGUCAGGUAGCAAGACAAAUUAUUAAAUAGGAAGGAGUGUAAGCCGUCGACAAAUCACUUGCCGGCCAUGGACUGGGAAGACCGGACACUAGCAGUGGUCUGUCUGCCAUCCAUACACUGAAUUCAGUGCUCCACCACACAUGCCCUCGGCUCAUAAAAUGUCGCUUGCAUUUCAUCACUCGUUUUGGGGUAGUACAGACUUCGGCUAAUCUGGCUGGAAACAAAUUCAUGGCUCUCGAUCUGGGAUUCUUAGUUCGGGUGAUUAGUGCGUUGGCUGGAAAAUUCCUGGAGAAACCUGAAGGGGUGAACCCCCUUCCAGAUGAGGUCAUAAUAUCUGUCAUAGUAUCUAUUCCCCAGGAUCUGCCGAUUUAGACCAUCAAGAUGUUUCCACAAAGGGCGCUCCACGGUUGUACUGGACAGGACAGACUACCUUCAAAAAGCCAAAGAUUUACUGGAGGACCGAGAGUUCGAUGCCCCCUGUGCAACGAACCCUGUAAAAGCGCUGACACGCGAAAUUUAAUGCUAAGUUGCUGGCCUUGAAGAACUCAGGUGCAAUAAUACCGACCGACAGGCGCACGACGAGACCCCAUGAUACGGCUUUGGCGCGAUUCUAUGGCUUCCCAAAGGUACGCAAAGACGGCACUCCUCUCCGAACCAUCGUAUCGCUCAAAGGCACUCCAACGUAUGGACUAGUUAAGUGGCUGUUCUGACGUCUCCAGUUCCUGGCCGCUGAGUCAAACACCACGGUGUCUUCGUCAGCACAAUUCCUGGAGAAACUCAAAGGGGUAAACCUCCAUCCAAAUGAGGUCAUGGUAUCUUUUGAUGUUACAUUCAUUUUUACUUCUAUUCCGAGGACCUGACGAUGGAGACAAUCGAGCUACCUCUACACGCCUAAGUCAUUCAGCUCCUGAAGUUAUGUCUCAAGACGUAGUUCACGUUCGACGGACAAUCUACGAGAGGGUGAAAGGCAUGCCAAUGGGUUCGACGAUUUUGGGACUCAUCGCUGAGACGGUCCUACAACGGUUAGAGUCGCUGGCCUUCCAACACCACUGAAUGAAGUUCUGUGCCGGUAUGUGGAAGAUACCAUCGUCGUUAUCGACCGGGAUAAACUGCUGACAUUCAAAGAACGUCUCAACGCGGUCUGACGAUUUACGCUGGAAGAAGAAGAGAACAACUAGUUGGCCUUCCUGGAUGUCCUCGUAUACCGUAAAGAUUGUGGUGGCCUUAAACCCAAAGUUUUCAGGAAAGUGACAAAUACCACGCAAGAACUGAAAUUAAACAGCAACCAUCCAAUCAGCCACAGGUGCAGUUGUCUAAGGACACUCUAUAUGCGUGUUAGAGCGUACUGCAGUGAGCCGGAAGACAAGAUUGCCGAACUACAAUACCUCCGACGGGUCUUCCAAGCCAAUAGCUACCCGCGCAACUUCGUCAGCCGGUGCAUUCACAAAAGGGACGAAAGGCCAUACCGCACGGACCCCAAAUUUUCGCGAGCUCUUUCAUAUGCCAAGGUCGUUUCAGAAGCCGUCACCCGCCUUCACGCAUCAUUUGUGGUUGGAGUUGUACACAGCCCGGAGGCAACCAUCAGGCGUUAGAUAAUGAGACCAACAGAUCCGCUGCCACAGCAAGGAAAGUCUGGAGUCGUUUAUAGGAUCUGGUGCAGAUGCGGAUAAGGCAAAUACGUCGGAGAAACCAGAAGACAGCUCCGAGCGCGAGUAGCCGAACACGCUGCAGCGGUGCGGAGGAAUAACGCCAGCUCUCAAGUUGUAGCUCAUUCAACGAGAUCCAGCCACAGUUUCAAAUCCGGCGAGUACGAAAUUCUCGCUAGAGAUGACAACCGCGUGAGCCAGGAGCUGCUUGAGUCAUGGUUUGCCGGCCCGCAGUCCAUUAACAAGUGCAACGACCUUCCCUUCCAAUACUCAGCGCUGAGACCUCGCCUGGCCGGAGUAAUUAGCCACGCGGAGAGCGCACAGGUGAGCACUGGUCCCAACGCCAAGUUCGGUGGGUCAGAUAGUUGAGCAAUCGUCAGACCAACAUCCAACACCCGUAGUGAAACUGCAGAGAUUAUCGACGCGAAUGCCAGUCAUCGAACAGUCAUCACGCCAAGUGCAACAAUUCUCAGUGACGGAGGCGGAACCGUAAAUUUGCAUAGGUAUGCGGUAUCUUGGCUGCUGCGUCAUAUGAAUACUGCAGCUCCCGGUGCAUGAACUGCUGUAUCUGCUAUUGUCUCUGGUAAUGGAUUCGGGCAGGGAUCCGAAACGUCAAGCGAAUAAAGCUCUUGUUCAAUCGAUCGUGUCUUCUCCUUUCCGACUGCUUCCUGGGACACGUCUCCUCGCUUCUGUCGACACUCACCUUAGACUUUUCUCAAACUUUACUCCGUCCUUGUCAGUAAUUAAAAUAAUUUACAAGCAACAUGACCGGCCGAAGACAAGCUGUCCUAACUCAAUGUCACUGCCUAAAUAUCUGCUUUGGUCAUCGGUUUGAAGAAUAAACUGGGUGUCGAAUUUAUUCGACUAUUUGAGUACGGCAUCAUGUCACGCUGCGAGACUUUCUCGGUCUUAUACAAAUUUUCAUAGACAUAUUUUACCUAUGUUUCGGACAAAACCUCUAAUUUAUCGAUCAGCUUAUGCGCAUCAAAAGCGUAAGUACGAAACCAAUGUUUGAAGACCUUUGGUUAAUGCGAACAGCCUGAAGUAGUUGAGCUACAUCCUUUCGUCAUUUCAGGAGCAUAUGUCGCCGACUAUCCUAUCUGAAAUUUUGCAAUUCGCAGUAUAUAUUGACCAUUCUGAUCAAUCCCCUCCUUAUUCACGUGGGGGGCAAAACGCCGACAGUGGCCAUUUGAGGAUUCGCAAAUUCGGCCAACGAUGGACGCGCAGAUUAUAUAUAUCGGAGGAUAUUUUUAGCAUGCCAUCAUCUCUAUGUUCACAUCAUCCAACAAGCCGAUCAAAGCUCGAGUAUACCUGUCAAAUAACUCCCGCCGGUUACGUUCAGACUUUAGCAACUAAAGCGGGUUAUAUUCAACCUCCUAAAAUAUACCCCACAAUUACGCCGAAUACAAGUAUAACGAGAAGGUGGUUUUGUGAGAGGGAUUUGCAGAAAACUGGGAACAGUGUUGUCAACACAGUCGCAAAGCAGGAAAAUCAUAUGUGCGUUUUACCUUAGUUUAAAUGUUUCUUACAGCCCCUGCGUGAGCGACAGCCUGGUAUAAAAGUAACCAAUGAGAUCGCUCAUGACAGUGUCUCCAAAGUAUUGUUCACCAAUUGGAUUGGAAAUGGUCGAGAAACUGAACAACCACUCCCAACUCUGUGCGGGUCUGAGAGUCACAACAGUCAUAAAUAACCUAAAAGACGUUAAUAGCAAAUUCUUAGAAUUGCCGCAAAGUGACUAUCCAACUUAUUUGGCGGUGUCGAAGAAGGCUUGUGCAGGCGAGCGAGACCGUCACUUCAACUCAAUAAGGUUGUAUUGGCAGGGGUUUCAACUUACCGCAGGCAAUGUUCGCUAUGUAGACUGAAUUAUUUUCAUAGUAGUAGCCAAUCAAAAGGGCAUUAUUAUGAUCGCCUCGUGUUUAACUGUCCGUUAAUUUAAACGUCUAGGAAUUCCACAUCCCAUCUUGUCCAGUCCUACAACAUUCAAUGGGGAUAACAGACUCCAACUGCAACCCCUCUAUUCAUCUGUUUUGUAUUGGUAACAUCGCAACAGAGACAUGCCAGUGGUAACCUGUUAGGUAUGCAAUUGUACAACCGUGUCUUAUGCGUAGAUUGCUUGAACAUAGUUCUCCGUCAGUAAGAUUAGUCUGGAUGGCCAAGAAAUCGCAUCACCAAAAACGGUCUAGACUUCGCCCAGCUUUGCGGAUAAGCGUUAUAUAGACAGUAAGCAAAUGGUUAGGGGAAGAAAUAACCGCAAACUACGUCGCUCAGGUUUUCACUGUUUCCGUGAAAAGCCACUGGUGUUAUAAAAUUAAGAUGGAGGACACCCUCUGGCGUGAGGCUCUUAAGGGCACAUGCCCAAAAACCAGCAAAAUGGUUUGAGGAAGAAAGAAAUAUACGUUGUCAGUCUUGCUUACCGCAGGCCAAGAAAAAACCAUUGGUAUGAGCAGAGCAAAACGGAACCUCCUGUGAUGGACUUUAUUUGCUUACGGCAACGAAAUAAAAUCAUUGGUAAAGUUACAGAAAUGAAGAACCGUGUGUCAUGCGCCUUGGAGCGAACCGCUUCCGUCAAAAGCCAUGGUUCGGGCCAGGAAUUAGAGGAGACUCCUGGUAUGAUGCCGGGCUGCUUAUGGCACCCGCAGUAUGCAAUUGUUAUAGUUAAAGCCCAGAAUAACUGUAUACCAUGUCAUCUUCACUUAAUGAGAUCUAUGAAAGGUCAUUAUUAUGAUUGGAGUCAAAAUAAACGAUAUGCUGGGACGGUCGCUGGUACUUAGCUGUGAACAUUGAAAAUAGCUGAUGUUAGGCAUUAACGGAGAACCCAUUCCGCCACAGGUUUAAAGAGCUCCAGGCUUCAUGAUAGUUAGUCCACGCUCGUGAGAGGCCUGUCGGUCGCCGAAACUAAGACUGAAUGUCGUCCAUUCUUAGGUGUCAGAUAAUAUAUGAAUACGGUUUGGAGGCGUCUUCCAGGCGACUAUAAUCUUCGAGGAAACAGGCCAGUCAAUCGGACGCUCAUGUCUAGAAUUUUGAAAAUGAUUGUCUUGGCAAAAGACUAUCUACCAACUAAGUUUAUAGAGUCAGCCAUUCCAAGAUAUACACUGCGCUGAAGAGAACCUGACGGAAAGGUAUGCUGAACAGAUGGAGGUAUCGGUCAAAACGUGCGUGACAUAAAGUUGAAUUUCGGGUUUGAAGUGGGAGACGCUGACCAUCAAUGCAUAUAAAGGUUUGUUCAAAUACAUCCGUCUCGACUUUGGCGUCAAAACAGCCUCACGCAUCUUACAGUAGCCCAUACAGACCAUGGUUAUUGAUGUUUGUUGGACCCCUUUCUGUUUGAAUGGCAUCUUGGGCAAACAUCACGGGCAAACAGAUGCUCCACAGGUUUCACAGGGUCUGGGGAAUCUCAUUAAUUAUGGCAUAAAAAUCAACACGGAAAGGAGCAAGUUCGUUGGAAAGGAAAUCCGGGCCUAAGAUUGGUAGCAAGCAAGACCCUACGUUAACCGGAGCCGGAAAAGGCCUCAGUACUCACUAACUUGAAGCUACAAAACUGCGGGAACUACAUUCUUCGGCGCAACUGGUCAGUUACUGCGCGCAAUUUAUCGUCGAACCAUAAAGUUAAAAGCCGCCGUCAAGUCGAUUCAUUUGUAAAGAUGCGCAAUUCGACUGGCCAGCAGACUUUCGGAAAGUGCUCAACGAGAUAAAAAGAAGAUCAGAAAGUCAAGUGUAUUUCCAGAUUUUAAAGUAGCAAAGGGAGCAGUCAUCCGUGCGGAUGCAUCUGAUUAUGGGCACCGAUGGAAGCAUUUCGACCUUGACGUACGUCACAUUAUCAUUCUCAAGGCUGAGAGAAACAUUAACCAAUUUGAAAAAGAAAAUUUGACAACCAGCUUUGCGGUACAAAAAUAUCAUGAAUUCAUUUAUGGUAAAACUUUGGUUCACCAUACGGAGCACCAGUCGCUAAAUUUUUUUCUGGACACAAAUCAUGGUACGCUACAGAACGCGGCCAGGAAGAUACAGCGAUGAAUUACGAUUCUCCUGAAUUAUAACUUCACAAUCCACCGUGCGCCCACUCCAAAUUUCGGAGCGUCGGACACCUUAGCAUGGCUGGGAGUAGUAAAGAAAAUCAACAAGACGUGGUGCUCGCAAGCAGUCUAAUACGAGGGAACAAGAUUUCGAUGUGUCAUCUGGCACAGCUGAUCAUAUCAAAACAACCACUGCAGCAGACCCACUAUUAUUUCAUGCAAAGGGGAUUAUUCUGAAUAAUACAGAGAAGGCAUGCGUACCCAUCUAUAAGACCCUCUGCAAACCGAUGGGAGCAGUUAUACCUGGCUGCAGACCGUACAAUGCAUGUCGGUAGAGUGUUGAUUUCAGACAAAUAUUGGCAAAACGUUCCCAAUCAGCCCCAUGCUGGAAACCAGCGUAUGAAUCACAUGGUACGGCUGGCACGGAGGUGCGUAUAUCGGUCAGAAAUUGAUGGCGACGUAGAAGUUUUCGUUCGAAGCUUCGACCCAUGUAGACGUGAGGCCAAGAAUCCACUAAAAGUACUACCCGUGCCAUGGUCGGAGGUAAAUAGAACACGGAAUAGAGGCCAUAUGGACUUCGAUGACUUCUCUCAAGCAAAAGUUUAUAAUAUUUGUCGACGAGUGCUGAAGAUGACUGGAAAGUUUCGAUUUCGCAGUAGUUACCGCUGAUAUUACAGAAGAAUCCGACAUCUAAAGUCACCAUUCUUUUAUCCUCAGUCUAACGGCCUAGCAUACUGCUUGGUUGGCUCUUGCAUGAGAAUAAGAUAUGGAACGCUGACGUUGAAAGUAACUACCUCGCAACAUAUUCUUUCUUGUGUAUAGAACAAUCUUGAAAAGUGAUAUUAACGGCACACACCAGCCGAGCAAUUUCUGAGUCGACAAACUGAUGUACAGCUGCAGUACCUAAAAUCGGAGGUCCGAGUUGCCUGACCGUCAAAAUAUACUACUUUUGGGGAUGGAAGGAGGUGUAGGCCCAUAAGUACAAACGCGCAAAUGCGGCAUGUGAAGGGAGUAGUAUCAGAAAGUCUAGAGACACUGUAUUUGAGGUGAAAACUACAACUGGAAAAAUCAAAAGGCAUAAGAACCAGCUCAGCACAGGUUCGCCACAGAUGUAAAAACAGCACUCGGCCUGCUAUGUGAUACCUUCGAUAUAAACAAACAGCCGACAAAAUCUACCGUCUGAAGAAGCCGUAGAAGAGUAUAGCCGCCAAAGAAACUUAUCUUGUACCCUAGCUGGAAGAGUCAAAAAGUCAGGUUUUCAAAGGCAGAGGGUGUUCUGCAGAACCGAAAUGGAAUAUGGGCAGGGACUAAGGCGAAAUGUAGGUGUAUGGAACAGCAUCCCAAUCCGACAGCAAAGUGCAGGCAUGAAGUCAGGUGGUCGAUCACCAUGUACGGAAUCCUCAAACGGGCAUAGUGGUUUUGCUCACGUGCAACCGCAUGAAUGGCCGGUGGAAAAUUUUGGAUUUUUUCACUAAUCGAUUCGAUCAAGAAGCACCCAGCAAACUACCUGCUCGCCAUAGGCUAGGAUACUCUACAAACACUCAGGUCUGCAUUAGAAAGGGACUUAUGACGAGUUGUAAACCGCGUAAUUCUGGUUAUAAGAAUAAAGUGGUCGUACCCAACAACCACCUUAUAUGCUUUUAACACAUCCGUUACGAUAUAGCAGUCUGUAAGAUGUAAGUAACACAUAAGGAGAUCACUGUACUGCGAAUUGUAAAAUUCGGAAGUCCGCCCACAUAAGGUGGUCUGCGUGCACUGAUUGACGGUGAAAAAGAGUAGAUAAAAGAGGGGACAACACAGAAUGUAACCGCAUAAAAAAAGCUUAAAUGCGGCAUUGAAUGACGAAUAAGAAUACCAAGGAAUAGCAUUAAUGGCCGUAAGAGUCUUCAAACAAUCUAUGGAUUUAUUUCGAGUAGACGAGAUAAUUCCUUGAAAUUUUCAUUUACAUGGGUCACUUCCUGCAUGAAAGCAGCUAAAUUGGAGAUAUUUAGGGGAUAAUUUUUAUAGUAUUCGAACAGCAUUAGACCGACAAUUAAGCAAGUGCCCAAAAGGCGGAUAGGUUGCGAAAUGAAAAACAAACAAUAAAUCCACAGCAUUUGCCCGCACUGUGUUUAACAGAAUUCAAAAGUUCGGGUACACAAAAUAAGUUAAUGAGGUCAAACGAAAGGUGCGUUGAUAGCUGUAAAAUUCCCAUGAAGGAAUUCAUAAGGUUACUUGGUGAGCGUACGGACGCUUACGAUAAAUUCUCAUAGGGUCAGUGCAUUAAUAUGGUAACGGCGCACACGCAAAACGUGAGUGAUAGAAGAAAUCGAUCACAUUCCGCGUUUGCUUACAAGUUGGAUGUGGGAGUAUGCAGAAGGUAAUAAGAGACAGAGAGUGCUAGGUUAAACCGUGGCAGUGGGAAGUUAGUUGAGUGCGGAGAAGUACAUGCAGUUAACUACAAAUUGAGAUAGGGUUGUAUUUAAUCAUGCUUGCGUUUCGUAUGGUCCCCCUUAUGUAAGGUGGUACUUUCCUAGGAGACUGUUAAACUACUGUUAACAGGAGUUGCGUGGGGGGUCAAAUAUGCAGAGAAGAUAAGGCCAGCUGAUUUACAUAGAACAAUCUGGCAUGCGACCAACAUACGCCUAUCAUAAUUUUCAGUGUAAAAGUAAAGAUGGGGUCCUAUGUCGACUUAAAAUCCACAGCGGGUCUUUUGGUAGCACAGGCAUCCGAAACCAAAAAUGCGGCCGAUUUCUCACUGGUCAUUAUGUUCGAUUAAGUUUAGUGUAUUGGAGACAAAAUGGGCGUUAUCUCAAAAUCCCACAUGUCACACAGAUCAAAAGAACUGGCUGGGAAGAAAAACGCUGUAUCCACUGCAAGCAGAAUUAGUAAUGGACAAGCAGGUACAUGCAUAGUAAGCGCGAUCACACAGUCCACUUGUUGCUGCAACAGGUAUCUAUCAAAGCGGUGUUUGGAGGUUUUCAGAAACAGUGAUAUCAGAAUCUACUCAAGCAGGCAAUUCAGUGAUUCCUUCACACAGACGGAGAAAAAAGAAUCAUCGCGCUAAAUUUUGCUUCCGAAACAGGCAUCUAGUUCUUCAAAAACAGAGAUUAUUUAAAGGAAUUCUGGAGUACAAAAUAACUUAAAGUGUGUACGCAUAACAGUUUUUCUGUCAUGCUUAUACGCGGCCCGUUUGGUCUUGGGCGUCAUUGACAAGUCAGUAUAAAAUGGCAUUAGUUAUCUUUAGCCUGUCACUGGGCAAUUAUAUAGUGGGUGCCUUUGGGUUACAGAGAGUUGCAGCCCAACAAUCAAUUGAAGUGUACUUUAGGGUAAGAUGAUACGAUACUAACAGCACAGAUACUAACCAAUAACCCAUACACGAGUGUUUCGCCGAUAUUCUGCCACUGCGUGGAGCAGCUGCGACGGACUCGUCUCGUCUGUGGGUCUACCAGCGUUCCCUGUCUGUUUUCUGGUAGGUACUCCAAUUAAGAAAUUGCCGAUUUUUUAAUUUCGAAGGCUUGCUGACAAUCCAGCAACGUGGCUGUUUAUCUAAGUAAUGUAAACCAUAUACUGGACGCGCGAAAUUCGCGGCUGGCAAACUAACCAAUAAAAUUGUGCGUAUUUGUUUGCUUUUCGCCAUUUCCAUUCCUUUUGCCUUUUCAUUUUACAAACGCUCCCAGAAACUAUGUUUCUCGCCCUAUAAGUAAGCUUUACUCCCCAGUCGAGUUUGGUUAUCUGUUUAAACGGGUAUCUAUUUACCGUCUGCUUUAUGCCACGCAGCCGAGGCCUGUCAGGCGGAGCAGUCUGCGGAGCAUCUGGAACUUCCAUAAAGAUUGCAUCUGAUAAAUGCACCUAGAAGAGAACAGUGUCUCCUGUUUGAGCGUGCUGUCAGGCGCACGCCUCAACAGGACCGAGUUGUUCCUGCAGGUUGCGAUCCGUCAGUCAGUUAGAUGUCAAACUAUAUACUAGCAGUGAAGCCCGGCAUCUACCUCGUGUCUAUCCUUUAGUUAUUGCAAUGCUAUCGGUAAUGUAGUUCACAUAGUCUGUCGCUGUUGCGCACCCCAGACUAGCAUGAGUCUCAGUCGACAAGCGCCAGACGUCUUGUUAAAUCAACACUUUAAUGCAGUUUUCGGAGCUGUGGAGACAGCCAUCGGGGUUUGGCUUCGCGUCCUUAAAAGAAGGACUUAUCAGCAUGGCCCACUGACUGGUAAAUAAUUCGUGUAGUUGGACUUACGGCACGAAGUUGUGAGAAGAUAUCGAACAACUUUGGCCGUUUUUUGGAAGGCUUUAAUUGUCUUUGCGAGUUUUCAGCGACGAGGCCUGAUUUUUUUGCAUGCCCGAUCAAACGUCCAACAACGGUGGUCGAAAUCUCCCCCUUUCGUUUUGUACCCCGAUAGCCUAGCUUUAACAAGCGUAAAGGUUGACCGAUCGAGCAGAUUUCCCUGCUUUGUUGGGGCCUUCAAGCAGCCUCAACUCCGAGGGUGAUACCAUCCUUACUUUUUUCACUUCGUGAACGCACAAACUCAAAAUAUCUGAAUUCAUCCACUUUAUGUUGGAACGUUUUAUGGGGAAGACGUGUCUCGUUCUGAUUUUGUGGGCGUUUGGAGACUAAUUUAAAAAUUUGAACUCAAAGCUACAUUGUUUUGACACGUUCAUCCGAGAGACAGCAUUCUGCGCCUUUACAUGAAUAAGCGGUAGGAGGGCGGAGUUGACAGUCUAUCCACUUCUGGUGUAUUGAGAUGCAGACGCUGAUUCGAUAUUUUUGGAGAUUAUUGCAGAUGUUUAAGAAUCUUGCCGAUAACACAGUUUAAUGCCAUGGGUUACAAGAUACGUUAAUGUCAGGCAUUUGACUGAAUUUUAAAUGAUUUCGAAAAGUUAUUGUGGGAGAUUUACACAUACCUUGAUACAGCUGGCAUCAGCCACGUCGCAGAUGCUAUUUCUUUACGCGGAACGAUUUACGACGGCGGUUUUGGAGGGAUCGACCCACUCUGUUUUUUCAGCGAUGCAGAUGGAAUACCGAAGGUCCAGGAACUACUUCCAUGUCUUUAUGGAGUAUAUUAAGCCUGGGUUGGAAUUGAUCUUCCUUCGCCAUUUCCAGUUAGACGAUAGCGUCGGAUUUAGGUUAACAACACUUAACUCAUCCGACAGGCGACAGAGAACCUGUUCAAGCCAUUUAAGUUGUCCUUCUGGGUUGGUCUGAAGACUCCCUACAGUGAUGCAGCGAGGGCGGUUUGUUCCAUCCAACACAAAGUCAGUGGACUUCACACGAAAAAUGGUUAUCACAGGCGCCAAUAAAACAUUUUUAAGUUUUCACUCGUCUUCCGUGCACACAGUCCAGAUCUUACAGCCGCAACAGGAUUGACUAGGCAGAUUCCUGGUGUGUGCUGGUCUUUGUAACGAUGCAGGUAUCGCAUCGGGUCCAUAAGCGCCUUCUAGAGCUUGAAAACCUGUGCGCAGCUCCCAUGCAAGCAAUAAUGUCAUCGCUUCCCGUUUCAUUUGGUAGCAACUGUGUCCCAGGAAUUGUGAACCGUCCACUUCUUCAAGCUGACAGCCAUGAAUCUCGAAGCGUGCCUUUUUCCUCAGAAUUACAGCCCGAUAACACAUCCGUCUUGAUAACGUUAAUAGAUAAGCCGGAUGAGCAACUGAUCUCCUUCGGCCGCAGCUCUACUUCCUGUGGAUCGUCUUAACUUAACACCAGGAGGGCAAUAACGAUAGCGUGGCCGAGGUCAGUCAGCCUGCGCCCAGAUGCGAAUUCGUCAUCUUUAAAACCGCGUAGGGUCGUUUUGUAUAUGCCGUCCACGACGAAUUCGAACGGGGUUGGCGACAGCAUGCAACCUUGAUAGCUUUUGAACCGAAUAUAGAACGGCCGGGAGAGAUUUUUGCAGACCGGAAUUUGCCAAACGGGGAAGUGUCAGCAGGCUUUGAUCGAAGCGAUUAUUUUUGGCUGAGAUACUGUCCAACACCACUAUUCGCCGUAGGGAUAGAUGGAGCCCAGCUUUGUAACGAAGCCAACAAACUAGACAGCCGUUGGCUAUUGAUAACCAUGGUGAAAUUUGAGAACAGGUCGCAUUAAAAAUGUUUGGUUGGUGUGCCCAUGUCCAGUUCAGGACACGGCACGGUUGGAUCUAGUCCUAGAAUCGCCUGAAAACGAGGGAAAAACACGUCGUUGAGGCUUGCGUUGCAAUAAUUCUGACACUUUGUCCCAUCUUCCUCCCUGAGUGCAGGCUCAAGAAUGGCCGAAUCUCUAUCCCCAGCAGCGAGCCCACCUCACCUUUGCCAAUCUUCUUAUGGAGACAUGGUACCAUAACAUCGACGCUUCAAUUAUAGACUUCAAGUGGGAUACCGUCCUUUCCGGACGCCUUGUUGUGUUGUGAAGGAGGUAAUACAGCACUGCAUAGGCUGUAAAUAAAUACAAUUUCACUACAAGCUUGAGGGAGGAGUGGCGUUGGUCAUCGGAUCUGGAGGGUGUGCGACUUUGACUGAGUUUUGAGCAGUAAAGUCACCACCCACAUCGCAAAUAGACCCACCAGGUGCUUAGGAUUUACCACUGACUUGGUGGAUAAUUCGGUUGACUUCCAUUGUCACCAUCGUAUGCAGCCUGCUCUACGUAGAUCGCCAAUCCAGCUCCGUAAUUACUGCGGUUAUCUAUACCCGACUUUGCCGUCGUUUUGCUUAUUGGUAGAGAGAUCCCUCGUUGCAGAAACCAGCUCAUGGUGGAUAUAAGGUUCUUGGGUUGAUGCAAGAAUCGUAUCGUCGAUGGGUGAAUCGCAGAAUUCUCAGAAUUUCUAUAACUGUCUCGUUAACUGAGGACGUCGGUGAUUUCCAUUUGCUAUUGUUUUCUUUUUCGACUGGAACUACAAAUCGAGUCCGAAUUUUUGUGUCCAUAGCCUCGGCUAUGCUGGGUUGUCGUAAUUUAGUGACACAAGGACGUUUUUCACGUGACGGUUUGGGCACGUUUGAGGGACAAAGUGAGACGCUUGCGAACGAAAACGUGGUCCGACCUAUAGGUCUUGUCAGCUUCGGCUCCGGGCAUCGAUUUGAUCCAAUGAACCAAGUUACGGAAUCCUGAGCUAUCCAGAAUUCAGCCAGUCUGUCUGACUGUACGACCAUCUUCGGAAUAUCAUGUCAUUGGAUGUUUUCAGCGAAGCUGGGAGAAUCCAUUUGCAACAACUAGCCAAUUCUCGUCAGUAGAACUCAACAUUCAUCCUCAUUGUCACAUCUAGAACCAAACCUAAAAGGCUGCUAAAAUGGUCGUUUGGUAAGUCACCUGCCCCAGUCAGUAGAUCAUGGCGAGGGAGUGUUCCAACCAGUUCUUGCGGCCGCCACUAGAGGGUUUCUUUAUCGUGCUGAUCGGCAGCCGAUUUUUAUUCGCAGACGGAGACCACAGAGAUAAUAUUAUGCCAGUCAUACGUAAGCCAGCCAUUUAGUGACUGUCUGCUGUUACAUCGGCCGCUGUACUAGGUGAGGUGGAAAUUGACCUCCUGGAUCUUGAUUUCCCGAGAGCCUGAAUCACGGAUUCGGACUCCUGACAGGCGGCAGACAUUCAGGUUGUACUGCUGAAGGCUAAACGCCGUCAGGCGUCAGAUGUCGGGGUGAAGGAGUGUUCGCAAAUUCUAGAGCCCAACAUUAACGGUCAAUUCGUAGUAUACAACCUACCCAAAUCAGUAUGCCAGGGUCAUGGAACGCGUCAUUACUGACGAUCGUUGUAGCAUAGAUCGAAAUCCUUGAAUCGGGCAUAUUUUCGUGAAAUUUCUCAAUUAUUUGGACUACAGGCUGGUCUCUAGAGAUCGUUCGAAUUGCCUGCUCGAAGUUGUUUUUACUCUAUCGCCUUAUCUAAAUAGCAAACUAACUUUGACGUCUGUUGGUUGACGCUGUCUCUCUGUGUCACCUUUGGACCUUGAGGUGCCUUAAAAGGCUGUUAGCGUGCAAGACGUCGGCCCUCUGCACGUCGCUGCUGGUCCGUGACGACUUAGUAGUCGGACUCGAGAAACUGCUUUGCUUGCGACCAACAUACGUCGAAGGCCACUCCCCUAUCCGCCACCUUUGAACGCGCCGGGUAACCGGUAGCCAGGGUUACUAGUGAAUCCACCUUCCCGAACUGUAGGGAAUUUCUACUAGCGCAAUUUUGACUGAUUGCAUCACAAGCACGCGCCAUAAUCGAACUCGGUAUACAGCACAACAAACGAUCGUUUUCUGCAGUAAAGGAAUUCUGGAGAGUUAGAGGCCUGAUUUUGCUGAUUGCCAGCCCCACCUCAUCUCAUUUUUACUAAUGACAGGAGAUUAUGAGGAGGGAACAAAGUGUUCCAUAAAGCGUGCAUGCGGUGCGUUUUAUAGUCUUCGAAAUUGUGCGCUCACUCUUCGCGAAAUUGGACAGGGGUCGUAUUUCGAGUAUGGGGAGAUGGCUUCCGACCCCUGUCCGAGCCCUAUUACCUCACGACUGGUCCGUUGUGGUAAAGCACUAAAAGCCAACUGAUUAGUUGAGACUGACCUAGGGAUAAAAGUGGGCUAAACGUUAGACUGGUAUUAUGGCUGGAAUGUCAAUAAGAAGGCGAUUUCCUGCGACGUGGUCAUCUAUCUUAGAGCACGGCCUACACAACAUUGCGAUGUUAUGGAUACUGAAAGCGGUUGAUCAAGUUCUGGUAAUUGCAGAUAAUGGUAAGUUCAACUUACAACUGAAGAGCACACAACGGUGUAAACAUUUAGUCACUGCACCACAAGCACUGAGGCCGCCGAAACAUGACGAAAACAGGGGCCUUGCAGCAUUGUCGAUGAAACUUAACAUUCUGGAUUUUUUUACUCAUCUUAUCUUUCUUCUUGAAGAUAGGGAUAGUAUAAACGAAUUCCUGCUGUGAUUUGUGACCUCGUUUCCUUAUGCAUCAUAGGUUGUCCUUCGAGGCUAUUGGGCCGAUUUUGACACAGAACUUUUAUACUUAGUCGACUAUCGUCGCGCAACCUUAUUAUUUUAUCGGCAAAUAUUCCCGCGAAGGCAGUGUUACAUACGUUUUCGUCGGUUAGGAAGAAGCGAUUGCUACGUUUAGCGAGAAGCAUAGGGGAUGGCUGCUCAUAGAAGGCAUCAGAAGUGCCUGUGCCCUCAUUCGACUUUCACAAAGUGAUUAACGGCAAAGUCUCUAUCCUUGUUGUGAAUAACCACGUACUGCCGAUUUAGCGUUUACAGGUACGUUUGUAGAGCCUCCGGGUGCCGCCUACAUCUGUCGCGUGCCCCGUGAACGUCAACACUCUGGUGCAGUAGCUAUUGUUUUACUAUACUGUCAAAUUUUCGUCAAUAUUUGGCAUUUGCGGAAGUAGCCUUCCUUGCUGGAUCUUAGUUUGGCUGUCUAGACAAACAACUACAACGUGUUUUAGCCGAUAGAGUGAUUAAAACGCUGGUUGUCUUAGCGGAGGGCUCGCUCAAAUGCUUUUCGGGCUUAGGACAGGACCCAAAUCUAAUUCACUAGUUCUCUUUGCCUUUUUCCUUUCAAUCCAAUGGAUGAAGUGCAGUUCCAGUUUUCACCACGUAGUUUAUACUAGACUUUCGUUGGUUUCGUUACCCGUGCUUCGACGCAGGGCCUUAGUGUCCUCUUAAAAAGGUAGCCGUUUUGGCCCGUGCAUUCAACUACAUGCUCUGGGCCAUGGACGCUGCCAUUUUCGACAGAAUUUUCAAUUGCGCGCAGAGUAGCCCGUAGGGGUUGUUGUAAUCCAACUAUACGAACAACGCGUCAGCUGACUGCAUCAGCUUUGCUUAAAGCCUGCGUUUAUGACAAGCCAAACAAAUUUUUGAUGGUCAGAGAUCAAUGUUUUUGUAUCACUGAACAACUGUAAUCUUAGGGUCAUUAAUUAGACGGUGGUUUCCGGGUUUGGAUGGUUUCUUACUACUAUCUCCAUCACUGGCAACAAUGAUAAGGCCACACUGAGGAAGAUAUCCAAUGGGCACUUAUAUCUACAAGUAACGGUGCUUGCCUCAUUGGUUACCAGUCGCUGAUCAUCCACCACUGAUCCCUUCACUCGCCGAAUUGUUGGCCUACUUAUCAUACGUUUGGGAUUCUGGUGUUUCUACACUUUACGGCGCACUGUACGUUCCAUUGUUCUGUGGACGACUGUUUUUAACUCACCCAUCUCACCAUGUAUAAAUUUAGUAGUUUAGUACGUACGGCCUCACCUCCCACUGUCUGGCUUUCUGUACAUCGAAAGUGCGAGUUUGAGGAGACCUUUGAGAGGAAGAAGUACAUCGUCAGCCCACAGGCUAGUCUUUCAGUGUCUUGCUUGUUUACAGAAGGGUUCAUUGGUUUCAAUCGUUCUUCUUUCCUUAUUUAAAAUAGUCAACGAAUUCAAUUUUCAUAUUGUAGAGGUUCUUUUUUCACACCUGCGCGGCCUGAAUUUGGCGUGCCCAGGAGCUUCUUACUCGGGCUUAUUGAGACCGUUUCGUUAAAAUAACCUGCUGACCAUAAUUCAUUUCCCUAUAGCUCCACAAUGCCUGAUGACAAGUUCGAUGUGGUCGUCGUUGGAGCUGGAAUUUCUGGUUUGGCUGCAGCCAAAGUGCUUUCAAAAGAAGGUCUUAAAGUUGUUGUCUUGGAGGCAAGAACUCGCUACGGCGGCAGAAUUCACACCAUCUCUCACUCGCUAGAUCCAAGUUCGACUGAGCAGGGUCCACAGAAUCCGCUCCUUUUCGAUCUCGGCGCCAGUUACCUUCACGGAUGCUGUAAUGAUCAGGAGGUUCAACCACUGUUCACGCUUGCCAGCAGAAUUAAAAUGCUCACAGUCACCUGCCCGGGCGAUGUUCUUGGUCCCUAUCGUGGAUGGGAGUGCCCGGAAGUUGCCGUCUGGCGGGAUCCCAAAACAGGAGAAGAGAUCAAUACCGCAGAGGUGGCAGAAGUUAGUUUCCUUCUCGAUCGCUGUCUACUACGUUCGCUGAACCUUACUUCUAGUGGCCGCCACAAAGGACCAGCAAAACGUUUGUCCUUGGAACCGGUAAUGGAGCAGUAAGUUGUCCUCAUUCUCUCUAUGCCAUCUUCACGUAUCCUGUCUGACCUCCCGUAAGACAAACAAAGCUGCUUCUAAUUUUUCAUGUUAUUACCAUAAUUUGUUAAGUAGUGCAGGGUUUUCUUCCACCGCAUUAGGAUUUAGCGGUGAUAGUUUGUCCAUCGCAAACAACGAGGACUACCACUGUCUUGGAUGAGGCACAGUGGUGAAUUUAUUCCUAGUAAAGUAGACUUCUGCUGCAUUUGUCGCAUUCUUAUCAAUUGCACCGUAUUCCGGUAACAAGCGACCGAAGGCGGCAUUGUCGCAGUGGGCUAGACAGUUUGCCUAUCCAUGCCACACAGAAACGGACUCUUGUAUGCAAAUGUGACCAAGUAGGUGGGUGAAUGUGUGGGUACUUGUUUCUCCUUUGCCCCCCCCCCCACUACUUGUUAGGUUUUGAAGAUGGCCUUUCAAGGUUUUGCCACUGUUCGUCCCGACUGCCGGUCCUUUGCAAGCGUUCAACACUUUACUAGUUUUUAGUUACUUAGUAGAUGUCUUAAAUGUGUACCUAGAGCUCAGUUUUUGUCUUCCAUGCCUGCGAGUGCUCUCAUCGAUGUCUCCAUAGAAGACUUGUCUCAGCACACACUUAUCGGUCAUCCCCACGAUGUGGUCAUCAUUAUGAACCCUUCAGGACACCUGCAUUUAAUUACUUUCAGAGACCGCCGUGGUUCGCGGUUUCAAAAAACACUAGCGAGAUCCACGGAGGUGACGUAGAGACUGAUUCUCAUUCGUCAUCGUUCUCAUUCGUCAACCUUCUCAUGUCUGUGAGAUCAUAUCGACGUUUCUACUUUUUUUCCGAAGUCCGCAUUAACUUCCGAGAAGAAUUCGCUGUCCUACGUUUAGAUUCGGGCGAUUGGGUUUUAAUGGGCAAAGGCUGCCAGUAAUAUUUAGAAAGUGGAUUCACCGACAACCGUCGCAGAAUUUCACACCUUUACAUUUCUACAGAUGGGCAGUGCAUGCGUCCUGGAAAGCCUUUUCGCACUUGCAGUUGUCACCUCUGAAACUGUAUGUUUGUCGAAGAUUUAGGGACCACCGUAGUUGUAGACAUCAGCUGGAAUUGUGUUCACAACUUGAGCCGUUUCACUGAGUAUCUGUUGUAUUGCCCCAGUCGUCUGCUACAGGAAAGGCGUGAUGUCGAUGUCAACCUUUAUUUCCAGUUGAGGUAGUCUAUUGAUGGCGUCGUUGCAGAUUGUAGAUUGGCAGUUGAGGACGCCCCGGAAGUGCUCAAUCCAACACCCCAUGAUCUGUGACUUCUUCAUCAGUGGAUGACAUCGCGUAGUCCAGAUUGUUGAAGAUCGCCCGUUUACAUACAGCUAGAUUCAGCUGGAUCGUGUUCAGCUUUCUUCAUGCCUCCUUUCCAUAAGGUUGUUUUUGUGGUUAGAUUUCCAGUCUCACUUAAACAUGCAUCAGAGAUAGUCUCUCCAGCUUUCGACAUCAUCCCAAGCCUUUGUUGCUCGCAUGCCACAGCGGUAACGUCUCCUAAGAACUACGUAGUCCAGCACUUAGCAUUGAUUUCAAGGGUGCACGUAUGUUGAUGACGAGGUCGUUUUCUGCACAAGUUUUCAACAGAAGGAGUUCGUUACCGCUGUGGUUGCCGGCACCGUGACGACUUAGCGCUCUUUUCAAGAUAGCGUAGUCUAUGCCUACUUGGGCACAGAAGGUACUAAGAGCAAUCAAAUUGUACGCCCUUGACACCUACGCUAGGAAGGCUUGGAGGUCUUCGCAGAACUCAUUCACGUCGUCAUUACUUGUUAUUUUAGGAGCGUAGGCACUGAUAAUGGUGGAAAACUCCCUUUCGCACAAAGGCCUCACUUAGAUGGGGCGGUCGCUUAUUCCAUGGUGGAGAGGAGGAAACUUCCUGAUGAGAAUGGCCAAGGCAACUUCACCAUGACGACGCUCUCCCUUCUGACAAUCGCUGCAGGUGUAACCUGCAAGAAGUAGAUCUCGAUGGGUGCGACGACGGCCUAGUGACUAAUCCAUUUUUGAAUGACUGGAGCAGUUGUCAUCUUUGACCGGUUAGCUUUUGGAUAACCUUAAACAGGACAGACAUUAAAGAUUGCAAGAGUACGGCAAAUCUGACGAGGUGGAUAGUAUGAUGGAAGUGGGACUUGUUUCAUUAUUGUUCCUACCGCAUUUGCAGUGAGUGACCGAUCUCAUUUAAUGUUGGCUGAAAUUCUGCACUGCAUUUUUCGAUUAGGAAGGAUUACUUAGGCGCGGUUGUAAUACUGAUUGUCUUGUGGCAUAAUCCUAUAAUAGUUCGGACUCGGCAAGAUAUCAUCUUUUGGAUACACUGCUUUUCAAUCUCCUGUAGAAAGCUUACUCGGUAAAAAUGGUUACUUAGGUAGCAUGCAUUUUUCCCAUUGAUUUUUGAUGAUCCUGCACAUUUGAAGCACGCGUUGGCCGGAACGGUCACUCACGAACCUAUCCACUGCAAUCGGGAAACAGUGUACGCAUCCCCGACACCCAUCAAUUAUGCCUCCUCGCUCACACCAUCUCUGUCGCAUGGACCUAUGCGACCAUAUGAGCAUCCACGACACAGUUAAAGCCCCCACAAUGCCCCAUCCUAUCUCCACACACAAACCCACCUAACCCACACAUAGACCUACUUGGUCACAUACCCAUAAAUGUCAUUAUCACCACACCACCCAAGCGACAUGCAUGUGAUGCAACCUGUCGACGUCCGUAUAGCGGGCGAAACGAGUGCACAGGUACGUACAUCUCACGUGAUAACCGCGUCCUUCGGCGAAGUCACGUGUGUGGUACGUGACGACGACUACAUGUCACGUCGGCCAAUGGCCAAUCUUAUUACCAUCUCGUUACCGGUUACUCUAGCUAUAGGUUAGUGCGUGGGAGAAAGAACCGGAGCAUAGGCACGACACUGAGGAAUUCAUCCUCAGGGCAAAUUAGCGGUUUCACCACUAUAAUAACCUUGAUACGCUUGAAUUUAUGAUCACGCGUUAUCAGCCGUAGCUUCAGAGGUUGCAAACUGAUGGGAUAACUCGUCCCUCCUCAAGUUAGGCUGUAGUAGUUCCCUAAUGUGACAUUUAUGUCGCCUUCAUUCAUGUGAGGUCCGAGCCGCCUUCGUAAAACGUGGCAGGUCGUUUGUGGCACACGCAGACCGGCUGCUUAGGUCUGUCAGUCGUUGAGUUCACACCUACUUCCGAUCGAUUUGUCUUGCCAUCGAAGCAUGAUGGGAUGACGUGGAAAGAGACAGCUCGUGACGGUCGAAUUGUCGUGUAUCUUUGAGGGAAGGAUGUGGAAUUUGCGUCUAUGAUGUCGUACAUGAAGCUACGACCGACUUCUGAGCUCGUCUCCUUUACUCGAUCACGCAGUCGAUUGGGCCCAUAAACGGAAUUCAGUUUAAUACGUCUUUCAGAUACUAUGUCUCCAGUGUCCGUAGUAUCCAUUUAGUCCUCCUACGGAUAUUUCUUCUCAAGCCGUCUACUUGGUGACGUGCAGCCAAUCUUCCUGACUGCAAUAAUAACCAUAGUAUACGCAAAGAAUUCACUUUACCAGUAAAUAUAGACCCCUAGGGGGCCAGAUCGCAGUUGGUAUCCAGGACCCGUAUUACAGGUGGCUAAGGGGUUUGUUUACUGUGACUAUUUUGUGGGGUUCCAUGAUCACAUCUGACCCAUUUGGCUUCCGUUUGACGGUUGAGGUUAGGAUUAGGGUACCGGUUAAUAGUUUCCGAUUUUCAGGUUAGGGUUAUGCCUUUAGGCAUAGGUUUUCGGGUUACGCUUAGGGUUUGAGCGUGCGAAUGGGUUUCAGUAUUACGGUUAGGCUUCUCAGUAACGGCUAUGUCUAAGGGCUACGGUUACGUUUACGAUUUCGGUUAGGGUUAGGGGUGCCGUCAGGGUUAACGGUCAGCGUUUACGGUUGAGGUUAGGGUUAGUGCUAAGGUUUGGGAUUAGGGUUAAGUUCACUGUCCGCAUCCCAUUCCUGGCUACCAACUGCGAUCGAACCCCCUAGGGAAACCACGUGAGUUAUGUGCGUCCGUCCACGGAGUUAUGUUUGACUUGACUCACUUCAAACUUUGAGGUGCCAGCAGUUAUUAACAUUAUCUUUUACACUGUUUCACCCCAUAGUUAUUUUUCUGGUAGCGGAGCGAUAAUCCGUGCUCUAAAUAGUGAAUCUCUAAUCUCAGUGACCGGCCGGAUCCAGUUUCAAACUUCAUGUCCUGUUGCAGUGUAGCUGGACAAUGACAAUAAAUAAGCCAGAGCUGUGACUGUCUCACUUUCUGUCUUCUUUUUUUGGAUAGCACUUUCCGAUCACACUUUCUUCUCUUACAGGGCCCUGAAGGAGAGCCUGCAGAUGCUGUAUGAGGCCGGGCAACGAAGUUCACCUCUUCUGUCAGAACGCGAACGCGGGAUCUUCAACGCCCUGUUUGCUCGUUACAUUGCCUAUGUAAACCCCUCCUCGCGUCUCUCGCCCUACCUGCCUCUCGGCUCCUACUACGAGAAGGAUGCUGAGGCCGGUGUGGCUGAUGACCCACACUGCCCCUCUCUGCCCGAAAAACAGGCAUGCAUCGACUGGCUGCGAAGGAAACGCGCCUACUUGGCAACUCAGCCGCUCGUCGGUUCGGUGGCCAGGAGGGUCGAGCGUAACACAGAGGAUCGACUGGUGUUGUCGGGCUUCGCUCAGAUCACAGACUUUCUUGCUACUGGGCUGGAUAUCCGCUACGGCUGCGUUGUGCGUCACAUUGACUGGACGCGGACACAGGCGCCUCCCACGGAGGAUACGAAUGACGCCCUCAUUGAAGUAGAGGCAGAGUUACUGUGGGAGGGAGGAGAGAUGGACGAGGGGAGGGCGGUCAAGGAUGAUCUGCCGGCUAGGCUCUCCAUUCAGGCAAAAUUUUGUAUUGUGACCCUUCCGGUGGGCGUGUUGAAAGGCCUGGACAAGAGGAGUGCAGUUACUUUUACACCCCUUCUGCCUGCCAAGAAGAGACGGGCCAUAAAUAAUCUGGGAAUUCCACAGCCUGGUGCCGCCACACACAACAAGGUUAGUUUGUUAUCAGCGAGCUCGUCUAGCUCAGCUUGUACUGAUGAUUUGUCCGCUGUCAUUUUGCUAUUCAGCGUGGUAACAAUCUGGAGCUGACACCCAAAAAAAUCCGCCUAGCUAAAGCAUCCUGUCUUACGGGACAGGUGGUAAUAGGGGUUUUAUGGGUGGCGGCUGGUCGGGAUGUACGAUACUAGCCGACGGAAAGCCUUAUUUGAACAGGUGAAUGAUCGAAGUUGGCCCGCUCUCCGUUCCGUUACUACAAAAUGAGUCGCCAAAGGCAGUAUAGUGGUAACGGACGAGUGGAAGGCGUAUAAUCUUCCCUCAGAAGGUUAUCUACAUUUCUCUGUUAACCACUCAAAGAACCUCAAGGACCCUACUACCGGACGGCACACCAAUCCGAUUGAGGCAUACUAGAGUAGACUUAAAAGGAAACUCUACAGGGGAGGGCCUGCAUGUGGUCGAGCUGUGUGGGCUCACAUAGACGAAGUACAGUAUCGUCUUUGGUUUGGCCUCAAUGCCAUGUCUUUGACAGAUGCCUAGGAACUGUUCCUGUCCCAUGUUGUGCAGACUUAUCCUAUUUAAAAGUGAUUUUGUUUCGUAAUAAACUGCCAUAAUGCGAAUGUAUGCCGUUUAUUCAUGUGUAUGUGUGUACUGAUGGGGAAGUUUGAGUAACAGCGACCAUCGUCCAUGCAACCUCCUGCGAUGUUCGUUCGGCCAGCCCAUAUUAGGCCAUCGGGGAAAGUUCAAGUAGUGCGUGAAAGUAGGCCUGCAACCGCUGAUAUAGCCUGAAGGCGUUUGAUUUCACUGUUAAAGGUAUUAUUUCUAGGCAACGGAUUUUUUUGGGUGCCAUCUCCCGAUUGUUAUCUUCAGUGUCGCCGUCGCCGCCGCCACCACCAUCACUGUCGUCAUGCCAGUCUGUAGGCAGGGCGCCGUCGGUUGCGGAGGCAAUUUUUAUAUCUUUCGCCGAGGUGCUCUGUUUUGACAUCAUUCAACCAAGAGGCUCAUUCCCGAUCCUUGACAAAUGAGGCAUGACCAUGGGCGGGUUCUGCCUUUACGCUAACCGUUUAUGACCAAGCCCACCGAGGACUGCAGGGGAUCCUUAGUGAGGCCUUUGACACUAACCUACGGGAGGUCCGGGGACCACCCUGUUUCUUUGAAGCGCGUCUUGUGUGGGGUUAGAGAUCAGGUCGUGUGUGACGCGCGUAAACCGACCACUUGGCUUUUUAAUCCACCAAGCGCACAUCCAUAUGCAGUCUUAAUUUCGUCUUAUUUCCGAAAAGUGGGUGAGGGUGGUGGUAGAGUGAGAUAAGUGGUUCGAAAGUGUUCUUCACUUCAAAUAAGUUUAUGUGGGAUUUGCCAUUGCCCCAUCUCUGGAGUAGCAGUAGUCUUCAUUGUUCGAGGGAUGUAUGGGGUCUGGUGGUCCGGGAAACCCCGUUGCUUUCUUACAUCCACGUCAAGCAGAUUGAUAUGCCUGCCAAACUCCUCAACACUGGUGAAUUCUUGGUCCGACUCAGCUCUUCUAUGGACUUGGUGGGCACGUCUAAAUCUCCCCUUGCACCCAGCUAACAUUUGCCCCCUCCACGAAGCUAUACUAUAUACAGCGACAGCAUCCACGAUAACCUUCCUUAACCGGUGGAUUAGGCCCGAUGAGGGUAUCACGUGUGUUUCCACGCUUUGUGAGUCCAAUCAGUGAUCCAGAUAGACCAAUCGGACGCUGAACCUAUGAUACAUGUGUCGCUGAGGUGUGUGUCGGUUUGCGUCCGCGGGCUUCCGUCCCUGUGCGGUUCUCUGUAUUUGCACAGCUGGAGGCCUGGCUAGAUUAUCUACUCCGCGUCUUUGAACUUGCCAGUCUGUUAGUGAUAAUUCCUCCCUCCCCCUCCCCCCUCCUCCUCUCGCCGGUAUCACGUUGGAAUAAUAAAACGAAAAUAGGGCAGAAAUGCGGACUUUCUCAAUGCCUUUCGCGGAUUUCGUUAAUUGUCGCGUUAAUCUGCUCUACUGAUAAAACUAAUACUAACAACCCGUAUAGCAAGAGUCCCUGCUUUCUGUUUUAUCAGUGGGUCUGCAUAUCCAGUGCUCGAUUGUUUCAUCAUCCAGAAGCGGAACUCUCAUUAGGACGCCGUAAUGAAAUGCUGAUACAGACUGGUGCGAAUUUUAAGCAGCUUUUUGUCAAUAAUAAGUCUACAGACAAGAAUGUACUCUAAACCAACGGUGGUAGAUGUUGCAGGACAGUUACCCGAAGGAAUGUGAAACCCGACAUAUUCGCGCAUAGAGACGGUAACUUGCUGUAACAUGCACGUGCUGCUCAGGGACUUGUAGAACGAGGACAGUGAUUAUCGUGAGGCCGUAGUGUUGACGGUGCGGAGAGCAGCCACCUGAACAGCCAAUGCCGGCCGGCUGCGACGGCGUCGCCUUGUCCUUGUUAAUGAGUCAGUCUAUGAGUCAUCGUUGGGUUAGCGGUCGAGGAGGGCUAGUAGGCCUCAACUUCAACUGUGAUUGCUACGCUCCAAGCAGUUGACUUUGGAACGCUGUACGGAUUGCAAUAUCAACCCGUCUUGUCAGACUGUUCAGACACUCAUUUAAAUCACGGUCGCUCACGAGAAGCCUCGCAGGCUCACAAAGCUUACAGUAGACGGAUAUUUGGCGGAAAUGCGGUCUCACGAGCAUUGAUUGCGCACAUCCUGACCGGAAACGCACAUCAUGCCUUUAGUCGAUGAGCUUGAGCCGAUUGGAGAUUAAAUCCGUUCAUCUUCAUGCCUGUUUACAAAAUCAGGCCAUCCUGGUUGGGAACUGUCAGCAGUUGUAGGAAAUGACGGGUAAAUAAGACUGAUGACUAGAGAAAUCCACGAUUUCUGGUGGGGAUGCACCUCACUUGGCGAACGUCGAAGCACAUGUAGGGAUCAUCUGGGUAGGCUGCAGAUGAAGGUCCGGAGGUCUGUUUGUCAAACUGGUAAGGCAGGCAAUAUGCUUCGUUGCCGAUCUCCCGACUGUCAUCUAGGUAAUUUUCUCGCAAAUAAGUGAUCACGAAACUUUGAAUAAUUGGUUUAAAGGGUAACUGUCUUCCGAGAAGAUGUGAGCAUGGCUCAAAUUUACGAUGAGAGCAACCUGCAACAGGUUCUUUGGAAACAUGGCUACUUCUAGGCUUCUCUAAAGAGUUCGACAAAUGUUAUAUUCUUCUGCACUCUAUUAAAUGUCUCGGUUUAGGAGAUAAGCACCAUGAGUACAUUAAGAGCAUGAGCUGUCUCCAGGUUCUGUUACAAUUGGCUUCUCUCACAGUCCUCAAGAUUUAUUUGCCAUGAUCUGAUUUGAUGAAUUUUUAAACUGACGAGUUUUGCGAAAUUUUAUGUUUUUUAUUUGCACAAGUAGGUGACGCUGUUGAAGAAACCGGGUUUAAAUGCCAGAAGAGACUCCGACGACAGACCACAUAUUCUUCGGAAAUAUACAUUUCAGAUUCGCACGAGGACGGUGGUAGUGGGUGUAGCUGCGCUAAUUAUGAAGCAGUGGCCGUGUAGCAUUGGCGCCAAAGGAAGCCACUGGUUCCUGUGUGAUCAGGGCCUGUGCUUGGCACGUGCCGCUGUGCCCAGUCUCAAUCGCAGUCGGUCAGAUUGGGAGAGGAAGACGAGUGAAGUCGAUGUAGCUCGUAUCAGGCGCCUGGUAUCUUCCCCCUACAAACAAGUAAACACGCGUUAGAACUAUUACGAUGUGACUUAUAAGGUUGCCAACCGACGGGAUAGCUCGGCCGUACUCGGCAUGGGGGGCUAGGCGACAGUGACUACUAAAGGUGACCCUAACCCCCUUAUUCAAGCCUCCGACACGGGGUCAGGUCGUGUAUAGCACGCGUAAGUUGAACAGUUUAGUUUCGCCAGCCGUUGUGCCUAUGCUCAUCUUUGUUUUUUUGGCCUUGUCAUCGGAGGUGAGUGCGUGAGGGAGCGAGAUGGAUGUCUCAAGUUCACGCGCAAGUCAGUUCCGCGUCAGGGCUAGAUCAGCAGUAGUUCUAGUUGCCUAGUAUGGGUGAAUUAUCAUGUGUGUUUGUGUGUGAGGGUGCUGCUUUUAGUUUCGACGAACAUACCUUUGCAAACACUACCCAGCACCGUGAAGAUAAACCACUAGAAUCUACAUGUUUUCUUGUUCGUUAAAAGGUUACCAUGUAAUAUACUGCUGCUAAUCUUGAUGCGCUAGUCUUUCUGGUUAAUGCUGUCAUAGGUGAGUUGUUUUGAUUCAAAGCAGGCUAUCACAUUCAGCCAUCUUUCACUAGCUGUGUAAUUGUCAUUGGAUCAACCCUAGUUCACCUGAUAGCUAGUUGAACUGGGUUUGUCUUACGCAUUACUGGCUGUACCUGCUGCAGCAAUGUUUCUCACAUCGGCUCGUUUGCUGCGUUUUGUGGAGUUUUUAACAGUGCCCAGUCCGUUCUCUUGCCACUGACUAACUUUAUUCUGCAGUCUAAGUAGAUCAAGGCCUGUACUGGCAACAGCUCUGAAUUUACAUAUCCACUCGCCUUUCUUUUUUGAGUGUUUACAAGCCGUCCAUUUAGUAGAAAGAGCGGAGCAUGUGGUAGCCUGACAGCGAAUAUAUGGUUUUUUUCCAGUAGAACAGAUGGGUGCGGCAAUUAGCGGAGUCUGCGGCGGGCCUUGAAAGAGCUCACAUUCCUGCCAUAUGUUUAUUUUAUUACUCCAAGGGGGCACCGAAACAGACCACGCAGUUUGGAUAGUGUGAACAGGCGGAAGACGGGUAAUCCAAGCUUAUUUGUUAACGAAGGCCGGAUUGAGCAAGACGAUAUGCGGCAGACGAACUUUACCCCGACCCUAGCUCUUUCACUAGCCCUAAUCCCGAGCCUUUAGCUUAAGUCUAAUCAGUUUCUUAAGCUUGGCCGGAAACGUAACCCUAAUAUAACAUGCAGAGAUGUUAUAGUAAUGAAAACAUCGGGCUUACGUGUUCGGUCGUCUUCUCAGGUCCGUUUGACUUCAUCUUGUUGUUAGCGCGAGAUAGGUGCUUAAAGAUAGAAUGAGGCAUCUGAAACGGAAGUUUGCCUCGCAAGUCACAGUCUGGUAAAGGCGCCGGUCCAGAAACAGGCAUAAGCGCACCAACCGUUGCAUAAGUUUUUGCUGUAAACUUGUUUAAUAGGGCUGAAACUUUCACCAAAUGAAGGAAUUCCAGCUUUCUGACGCGUCACUGAGCAUGGAAGCUAGCAGUUCACCUACGCCCAGCACUGCAGAUUGAAUGGGUCCUCGCGCUCUGACCCAUCUUUCCAAUGCUAUUACAACACUAGCGAUAACAAAAAGGGACGAUUGCGAUAUCAUCUGCGCCAGAAAUAACAUCUGUAAACACCCCAACAACCACUACUAUCGGAUUCCCUUCUCUCUGCGCCCGAGCAGUGAAAAGACGACGACGACGACGACGACGACGACGACCACCACCACCACCACCACCACCACCACCACCACCACCACCACCACCACCACCACCACCACCACCACCACCAGCAAACACUGAACCAGGGAAAGGUUCUCAUUCUGCUUUCCUGGCUGUCCUUUUUGCGAUAUGUUAAUCUCUGCCGCAUCUUCGACAAUAAGUUCCAUUCCUUCCCAUCCCAGGUCUUCCUUGUCUUUCGGCCAGAGGACAUCUUCUGGGACAGAGACGCUGCCCAGUUGAACAGCACCGACGCCACUUUGCACAUCCUCAACCUCGACCGAUUUGGCAACUCCGGUGUUCUGCUCUGCCACAUCUGGGCCGGUUCACCGUUACGUCUGCAUGGGAGAACAGACGAGGCGGUGGUUGAGAGUAUCUUGCAAAUCCUCGGGGGCAUGUACCAGCUGCAGUCCGUGCCCUCCCCCGUCUUCAGUCACGUCACUCGCUGGUCCGAGGAUCCUUUCAGUUUGGGCGCCUACACGGCCGGGGAACCGGAUAGUGGAGACCAUGAUCGCCGUGCCUACGCGGAAGGCCUGCCGCUUGAUGUAAGACAUAUUUGGCAUGUACUAACGAGAUCUGACGGAAUCUCGAAUUUUUGGCAUAUCAAGGAAUCCUUCUAUCAGGGACGCUGACUUCAAAAAAUAGCCGAUUUUUGGCAAUUUAUGCGAUCAGUCCUCUAUGGGAAAGUUGGUUUUCUUGUUUGGUCCUGCGAUGAAUCCAGCUCGGCGAACGCGACUCACACGGAAGUAUAGUUCUGAUAUUUUUGCUGUCAUACCGGUGCGCUUGCUAACUGUGUUGAACGGAUAUAACGGUUUAUUAGAGAAGCACGUUUGUGAAUAUUCAUGAACAUUCAUCCACUGUUUGUCCAUCUUUCAAUAUUUAAACAACAGAUGUUACUCGCAUGCAAUAAGUAGCGUGUAUACGUUAUUUAAUAUGUACUACUGGUCGUCAAGACCGCAUAUCUAUCACACGCUCGUACGAUGCACUCUAUACUUUAUAAACCGGGGAGUUCUAAAGGAUUUUCGAAGACGGUGAUAAUUGGAAUCAAUUACAGCCAUGCAAAGAGCGUCCGUUCUGCCGGGGGAAUUCGAAACUAGUUUGUCCGACCCAUCUCCUCUAACUCCACACUUCCCAUAAACCCAAUUCCCAUGCUAGUUAAAAGUUUUGUUCACUAUCAGUUUCGCAGUCUAAUCUUCUCUGAAGCAGCCACAUGUGACCUUUUGUUCUCUGAUCCUUCAUAGUGAGUUUGAGUCGUUCGAAUCGGUUGAAAUAUUUUAAUCAAGACCUGGGCGCCUGUCCCACCCAUUUUAUCGUCACGUUCUGAUGCGUAGUUCACUCGCUUAUUGUUUUGAGCCUGCGUAAUCUUCCGUCAUUGAUUACAUAUCCACUCACAAUCAGAUUCUUAAAAGACGAAUCGGCCUUCGUUUCUACGUUAUGGACGACUAGUUGAGGUCCAGAAUGCCUUGCCUUACUUGACUCAUCCGAUCCUUUAUAAAAAAAACGGAUUGGCAGGGCUUACUUUAGCAAUACUGGACAUUUUGAGCCUUCCUAACUUGCUUUAGCUCAUAGAGUUUCCCUCUGAAUGAGUCGUCUGGCACAAAAGACCGCUGAACAGUUUACAUUUUUGGAUUCUCAUGCCUCAGAACUACUCGAUAACAAUAGCUUUUAUUCCUUUGCCGAAAGUUAGAGGCGUGUACAUAUCGUUAACUUUCCCACUUCAAGAUAAUCUACGCGUGUCUUAUUUCCUUGGCGUUAGUCCAGUAGUCCAAUAUAUUAAAGGGUAUUAAGCAAUGCCUUUGGCGACUACCAAAAAUAAUAGUCAUCCACCUUAACUGUUGGUGUGUGCAGAGCGUUCAUUCACUCCUCGUACUUCUUUUUCACGGUAGGGUCCACCACGUCUUCUCUUCGCCGGUGAGGGCACCAUUGACAGUACCGGAGGUCAACAGUGCACCCAUGGAGCCUUCCUAACUGGCGUAGAACGUGCGUUUGACGUGCUUGAUCAGCUCCAGGGUGGACGUUGCCGUCUGCGAGACACCCGCAUAAUCGACUACCUCACCAACUGUGAUCCCCAGCGCUUUCCACCACACCCUAUGGUCCGCCGCAACAUGAAGUCCCCCACCGGUACACCUAACUCACCCACGCCUCCACCGAGUCGAAGGUCGCGGACGAAGGAGAACGCAUCUACCACCGAAUCUCUACCCGCGACACCAGUCUGCGAGAGCUCCUUUCAGGCCACCAGCUUUGACAGCAGCACCACUGUUUCAGGAGACUUAUCAGACAGUUGCUACUCCUCUUCCCGCUCCUCGUCUGCCCUGGCUGAUCGCGUGACCAUCCCCAGUGACUGUCUUGCUACCUCUUCACCCCUGCGUCGAUCAAGACGUCCUUCCACUCGAACCUCCUCCCGUGCUUCUGAUCUUCUCUUGCAUUCUGCCUCCUCUGCCGACUUGGCUCGAUGGACCAAACGCCGGGCUGUGAAUGCGAUCACAAGCUCUGACCAGAAGCGGUUGCGUGUGCAACCUGCGAAGACUGACGAGUGUUCGUACUCAGUCGAAUCGUGCGCUUCGUCAGCUAGCCUAUGUGAUCUCUCGGACAGCCUGUAUAGCAGCAGUAGUCUCUUUGACGAUGCCUCUGUGUCGCGCAGUGUGUAG